UACUAUUAUUACAUGUUACUAUUACAUGUACAUGUACAUGCAAUAGCACACAGAGAAGGUUACAUUAGACGUUGAUAAAGUCAGUCCGAUACCUGUCAAAUUUUGAGGAAAAGUUGCAGUUUAGCACACUUAAGGACGAGGAUAUAUACUGCAGCGGCUGACUUUGUAUUAAGAUGUCAGAACAAUUGGAGAAGCAACUCAUGAAGACCAGACGCAGGAGUAAGACAUGCAUUCCCACUGAGUGCAAGGAUGAUCGCUAUUGGGAAAAACGCAAACGCAACAAUGAAGCAGCUCGGAAAUCCCGUGAAAUAAAACGAAACAUGGAUUUGAGUAUCAAAGGAAGAAACGCAGCACUCGAUCGAGAAAAUCUAAUGCUGAAACAAGAACUUAACGCAAUUAAAGCAAAGUAUGGUCUACCGAUAAACAAGAACUUCAUAACAGGGAAGGAAUACCAGCCAAGCUCGGAGCGACGGUUUUCUGAGGACGAACGAGAACAUGCCAGUGGAUCGCCUAUGUAUAAGCACAUGAAACAUGAAGAUCAACAAAUGCAUGAAAUGAACGACCAUAUGCACCCAGAAGAGCCGCAUAUGAUGUCUAGGAAUAAUCACGGUGCUAGAAUUCAUAAUAACGCUAAUAAUAGGCUAAUUGAUUCCAGCGUCAGUCCUGGUCAACAUAGGUCAUUGCUCGCUGGCGACCAAGGAUUCGUGAACUAUAUGAUGCAGCCUAAUGAACCUUACUGGGAUCAUAAUCAAGGAACCAAUCAUUGUCCAGACAGCACGGAGCAAUCCGACGUACCUUACCAGGAAGCCAGGCAUAACACAUUACCUCAAAGUUUGCCCGACCAACCAACGUACGCUUAUAGAUACAACCAAAACAGCUCGCAAUAUGGACGACAUCUAGAUCUGCUACCUACGGAUCUGUCAAAGGGUGAACCUAGAGACUUGCAUAACCAUACCGAAAUGAAUGGUGUUCAAAAGCGUUUUCAUCAGGAACAAUCAACAAACGAUCAUUUCAGACCAUCGCAAAGGAUGGAUCGCAUUUAUGAUGGCAUUGAUAGGACAGGAGACAAUCAGUUAAACAAUAGGCAAGAAGCAGUAGCCGACACGAGUCCUAUGAAGAAAACAUAUAAUGUAAAGAAUGAGACAACUCAUAACAAGGACAAUCCCGAAGAGACCAUCGAGCUCAGGGAGCAACUACAACACCUCACGCAGGAAGUUGCCCGGAUGAAGGACUAUAUGAGAGUUCCGUUGAGAAACAACUCGGAGCAUAAAUGAAACAUACUUUUUGAAAUGUUAAAGACAGCGUAGAUGUGCUAUUUGUGAGGAAUAACUGAUGCCUUGCUUAUUUUUUGUAAUCUGUUUUGUGUAGCAUAGUUAGAAAUGCACUGUCAUUGUUUAGCCUAAAACGUUUACUACUAAUCUAUAUAGUAUAAUAUCUAUAAUAUAAUAUUAUAUAAUGUUUGUUUACGACAAUGAAUAAAAA